GAACCUCUCAGCCGACGAGAUCAAAGUGAAGGCAAAUGAACUGUAUAAAGUUAAAAACUAUGAAAAUGCCAUUAAGUUGUAUAGUCGUGCAAUUGCGCUAGAUCCAACGUCACCUACAUUCUACACAAACCGUGCCGCUGCUUUGAUGAUGCUGAAAAGACCAAAGGAUGCACUUGAUGACUGUCAAAGAGCAUUAAAUUUAGAUUCAACAUCGAUCAAAGCACUUCUCCGUGGUGCAAAAUGUAAUUUUUCACUUGGUAAUCUCACAGAGGCAGAGCGGUGGUACACCAAUAUUUUAAAUGCUGAACCUAACAAUCAGCAAGCAAAAAUGGAAUAUCAUCAAUUGCAACAAGUGCAAGAGUACAUUAACCGGGCUGGAUUAUACUUACAAAAUAGACAAUUUCCUCAGGCUGCACAACUAAUUGAUAGAGCGUCUUCUUAUUUGGAUGAAGUUCCUACAAAAUUGAAAAUAAUGAAAGGUGAAACGUUACUGGAACAAAAAGAAUAUGCCGAAGCAAGCAGGAUAGCAAAUGAGAUACUACGUGGAGAUCAGCAAAAUCCCGACGCACAUGUUUUAAGAGCUCGUAUAUUAUAUAUAGAAGGUGAUAAUCAAAAGACCGCCGCACAUUGUCAGGAAGCAUUACGAUGUGAUCCCGAUCAUACAAAAGCACGCAUUUUAUUAAGGAAAGCACGAUCAAUCGAAACACAAAAAAAUGCUGGUAACGAAGCUUUCAAAAGGGAAGAUUUCAUCACAGCAUAUAAUAUUUACACUUCUGCACUUGAUAUUGAUCCGGAGAAUAAAAACACAAAUUCCAAACUCUAUUCGAACCGAUCUGCUGUACUAGUAAAACAGGGAAAACUUGUAGAAGCGAUAAAAGAUAUGGAUAAGGCGCUAGAGUUAGAUCCAACUUUUGUUAAGGUUUUAAAACGACGAGCUGAUGCAUAUAUGAAACUAGAAAAAUAUGCUGAAGCUGUACAAGAUCUAAAGGCGGCUUUAGAAAUCGAUAGUACCAAUCAGGAAACUCGUAGGGAAUUACGUAACGCCGAACUAGAAUUGAAAAAAGCAUCUCGUAAAGAUUAUUAUAAAAUCCUCGGGAUUCCAAAAGAUGCAUCUGAAAAUGAAAUCAAAAAAGCUUACCGAAAAGCAGCACUUCAACAUCAUCCAGAUAAGAAUUGUGGAGAUUCUGAGGCCGAAGUUAAAUUCAAAGAGAUUGGAGAAGCUUACGCUAUUCUUAGUGACCCCGUCAAAAAACAGCGAUAUGAUUCUGGUGCAGAUCUUGAUGGUCCUAAUUGUGGAAUGGACUUUGACUCUGUCGAUCCUAAUUUAUUCUUCCAAAUGUUUAUGAAUAAUGAGGGCUUUCCUGGUAUGGGUACCAAUGGACCAAGGGGUGGGUUUUCAAGUUUUGGUGGGUUUAAUUCAAGAGAAUUUCCGAGACAAAGGUCUGGCGGUUAUCACAAUCACAGUUAUGGAUUUCAUUAUUGA